AUGCACGUUCUUGUAUUCAUACGUCCAUUUGACGAAACUACAGGUAUAGCCAUAACUACAAAUGUCUCUGGUUCCUACAGACUGAUUUUAACAGAGAUAAAAAAAUCUAGGUACAGUAAGGCCGGUCUGGCCAGCGAUGUUGCUUUUAAAAAUACAGUUGAUCGGGAGAGCUUUCACAUCCAUGCACGAUUUUCAGGAUCAAGAAGAUCUUCCUAUCGACAUACCUCCGACACUUCGUCGCGGGGGCUCGACACGACACUCGACACGGUGGAGAGGAAUGAAAGUCCACGCUUGAUUUGA